AUGCUUAAACAAUCGAUUAGAAGUGCUUACAAGAAAAACAUUGUCACGAGAAGAUUCAUCCAACAAUCAGCAACUAGACUUGCUAAAGGUGAUUCUUCCACCAUUGAUUCUUAUAGAUUACCUUCACAGUCAUCAAUCAACGAAUGGGAAUUUAAAUAUGACUUUAUUCCAAAGACUUCUCAGCCUAAGGUCCCACCAGUUACCAAAGAAGCGGUCAAGCAAGAUAUUGCACAAGAAAAGGCCCAAGCUGUUGAACGUGAGUUAUUUGCCAAGGAGUCCAAUUCAUCAGUUAAGGUUGAAGCCAAUGAUGCUAAAGUAUUGCAUGGUGGUGAAUCAGUGGAUGCAGAACACGUUCUCCGAGAAGAUACAGGAAGCAACCCAAUCGACUCUUCGAAACCAAAUGUGUCCAAAUCUUCCAAACCAAAGAAAGCGGCUAAUCACGAUCAAUAUGUACAAUCAUCAGUGAACCCAGAUAUUAAUCAAGCUGACAUUGUCAAUUUGGGCGAGAAUGAGAUUGAUCACAAGACAGAACAAGUUGGCAAACAAGCCCAAGUCGUUGAUGAUAUUGAACAUGAUAACUUGCACCAUCAAGGACAACAGCAAUCCUCAUCAUCUUCAGGUAGCUCAAGCGUUGCUGGCGUAUUAGCACUUUUAGGUGCAGGUGGAGCUGGUUAUUGGUACUACACAUCUUCCACCCAACCAGCCAAGAAAUAG